AUGGAUGCUGAAAUGUCCCGCGGCGCUCAGCGCGCUACCGCAACCACCAUGGAUGACAUCGCGCAAAACGUACAGUUCUUGUCAGAAAAGACUCUGCAAGAUAUUGCCAAAGGUCAGCUAGUUAAGCUGGCCCUGAAUUGCGAUUAUGGCGAGAAAGUUGACAGAGUCUGGCAGUCGUUGAUUCAGACGGUUUCAACGCCAUCUCUGUCGAAUCAGCAUAAUGCAGCCGCUUGCAAUGCAGUCUCGGCUUUUCUGGAUGCUGCUUCCACUUCCAAAAUUGAGCAGACAAAGCAAUUGGCUCUUUCGUCAGACAACUGGCUAGCUGUCUUCGAGGUGUUCCUCAGCAGAUAUGAAGAUGCCAAACCGAAGCCGCUCAAGCAGCUUUUGGGCUCACUGAUCAAUCUUUUGGCCAAGUCUAUUCACGGGCCUAAGAAAGAAGAGAUCCAAAAGGCAGUCACAGAUGCAAUCAUUCCUAGUAUCGUGCUUGGCGAGCCUCGAUCUCGAUUAAAGGCUUCGCUAGUGUGCUUCGAGCUCUGCAUUCGGAAAGGUGCUAUCUCUGGGUCUGGAUUUAUCUCUUUGCUACAGAAGUGGCUUGGUAAGAAUAAGCAAAGAUGGGUGCAUGUCUUUGAGAAUGCCCAAGCGGCCCUAUCUCUAGACACCUCCGAGGAAUUCUCUGGCGAGCCAUCCAAGGAGCUGGCGGCAAAGGUCUUUGUGCUUGGCCUUCUUACCCAAACGAACAGCCGUGACAUGUCGGGAUCAUGCGGAAGCGUGCUGGGUGCUCUGUUGCUAAAAUUGAAGGUGGAAUCUCCGGAAUGGUCAGUGUCCACGAUCUGGGUUGCCCCUGUUCGGUACAUGAUGCUUCAUAUCGUGGAUAACUUGGAAGCCAUGUCGAGCCAAAUUCUUCAGCCGAUUUUCUCUGCCGACCCUUCGGGCUUCAUGGCCUUUGUGGAGAGUCUGCCCCUCAAGAGCCUUCUUGUGGGUGACAUGACUGACGCGGAGGAUAAAGAGUAUAUUCUCCUUUUUGCAGCCUUGCAAAUCGGCAAGAAGACCAACCUUGUCCAUGAAGAUUAUGAUGGCUCGAAACCAAGCGAAUCCAAGGCUGGCGCACCGCAGAAGUUGGUGCUUAAGAGCGAGGUUCUGGGCAAUUUCCUGCGCCACCGUGAACCUAACAUUCGCAUAGCGGCAUUGUCAUUGUUGGUCACUGCGUUUUCGACUAUCAAGCCGUUCACAUCAGCUGCUACCGACUCAAUCCUACGCGGAAUUCCAUCAAUGCAUGCCGACUCUGAUUCGUAUAGUAGAGGCGAAAUCAUGAGUCUUACGCGCAAACUCAUCGUCCGUCUCAAGAGUGGCAUUCUCAAGCAACAAGACUCAGAGGUAAUAGCACAAGCGACAUCUAACUUGCCAUCUGGUUUGGUCAAAAGUGAUGAUGAAACCAUGGCCUUCUUGAGGAAAUACAUCAACUUCAUCGCGGGUGAUCUCGUUGUGACAGCAUCAUACCCACGCCAUAUCAGUGCUCUGAAAGCGCUGAAACUAUUGCUGGAGUCCAAUCUCGACCCACGCACGAACAUUCCCCCGGCAAAGUCUGAAGUUGAAACACGCUGGAAGUUCCACAUGAAUGUCUUCGAGCCUCGUCUGCUCCGGCUGCUGGUUGACCUCCUCCUCGAUCCAUUCGAAGAAGUAAGACAGACGUCUCUGUUGAUCAUCAACUUUUUCCCUCGAAAUAUCUUGAUGGACGGCUUCGAAGCUACGGCCAAUGAUUGCCCGGCUGUAUGCAUGCGCUUGACAGAUGCUUUAGCUCGAGCUGAGAUCACUGCCAGCAAUACUAGCCGAGCUGAUCAUGCGGAUACUGUAGCCCGUCUCUAUCAUAUUUUAUUCUGUGCGGCCCUCCCAACCACCGCACCCUCGAGUGGCUCAGACUGGUGGUCAACCAAGACGUCGGUUGUCAAUAGCAUUUUGACUAAAUUGGAGGAGCGACUUUCGUCUUCCAAGGGCUUGUUCAACUCGACCUUGCGUGAAGCUCCUCUUCAUGGGUACAUGUCUGGACUACGAUACAUCGUGCUGAUGCCAAAUUUCCAUGCCCUUUUACUGAAUGGGCCGGAUGUUGGUGCCUGGAGGUCAAUCCAUGACCGCAUCGUAGCGAUCUGUGACCGGGUUUGGGAAGAGGUGAAGCCUGUUCUCUGCAUUGACUCCCCAGAGGGUCAUACCGAUGAUCCGAUUGAAGACCUAGCAGUGGGUCCGAAAGAUAUCCUCUCCUAUUCAUGGAGAGCUCUUCGAGAGUCCAGCUUGCUUCUCCAUGCUACCCUGUUCAACACGACCUACGGACCCGAUGGCCUGGAUGGACUUAAGCGUGCAGACUUUGAGAAAGUCGGACGCGCUAGCUUCACACAACUUGCCGAGCUGCGCCACCGUGGUGCAUUCUCUACCGUCUCUCAAACUUUCGCCACGUGUUGUGAACGGUGCAGUGGCUCGAAGGAUGCAUCAAUCCAAGAACUCCCGAAGGGCUGGUACAAGGAAGCUAGAGCUACGAUCUUCGAGUCGGCUUCAAAGCUGACCCGACGAUCGGCUGGUCUCCCUGCUCUUGUUACCGGUAUCUUUUGCUCCUUGCACAGAACGCCUUUCUUCAAGGAGGGCAUGGAUGACCUUCAUGACAUCUCGCGCCUGACUGUGGAAUAUAAUAAAGAGCAGCAGUAUUUGGAGCUUCCUCAGGUCCAUGCUCUGAAUUGCUUGAAGGAUAUUUUCACCAACACUAAGCUUGGCCCCUUUACCGAACCAUUCAUCAUGCCUGCCCUUACGCUGUCUGCUGAGCGCCUUGGAUCUCCUAUUUGGGCUCUUCGCAAUUCUGGUUUGAUGCUCUUCCGCGCUCUGCUGACCAGAAUGUGCCGCAUGGUUCCCGGGGCUGUAGCUGGAUUCGGCGGUGUCUCGGGAUCGGAGCCAGGAUCAAAGAUCUCAUUCCCCAAGUAUCCUGGUCUACUCGAGCUACUGUCCAAGCUCCUGGCAUCAACCGAGGGCACAACUGCUCAAGAGGGCACCGAUAUUGUCACUGAACGGAUUUUCCCCGCUCUGGAGUUGAUUGGAGAGAAGGUUCCCACUAUUGGAGACGACUAUGACACAAAGCUAUGCAAGCUUGUUCUAGCGCACUUCCAAAGCCCGGUCUGGGGCAUCCGAGAGCACGCUGCUCGUGUCUAUUCAUCGCUGCUGACCAGGACGAAUAUCCUCAAAGAUGUUGAGUAUUUGGUUGGCCUCCUUCAAGAAGGUGUAUCCGAGAACUACGUCCAUGGUAUCGCCCUUUGUGUCCGAUACUCUCUGCGCCGUUUCGCAGCGUCAACUGAUGCAUUCUGGAUGAGCCAUAUUGAUGAUCUGCUUGCAACUCUACGACAUGCACUGGCGACGUUGUUCUCUGUCGCCAAGUCUCCGUCCGUUGCAACCUGCCUGAUCGAAACAUUGAAUGAUACUCUUGAACGAAGCAUCGCAGCUCAGGCUGAAGACCGAAUUAUCCCAUUCGUUAAUGACGUCUACGACAAGCAUGAUCUCAACGGGGUUUUGAGCUAUAUCUUCGAUGCUUCUCAAGUCGGAUGGAACCUUGCCAGCCGUACUCGAUCGUCUGCCCUACUUCGGAGAGCUCUUGCAUGGUUUACACUGUUGAAAAUGCUGAUUUCACAAAAUUGGACAGAAAUUCCUACCUUCUACCACGGCAUCUCACAGUUUGACGCUGAUGCGGGAAGUUGGAUUCUAGAGCAAUUGCCAGAGCAUUUGGCCAGAGUGACUAAGUACAGGAAGCCCUUGGUGGACCUAUACUCCUCCAUCAUCCAGGGCGAUCACCCAGCAGGUUCUAAGACACUGGCUGCGUCUAACCUGGCCACUAUCCUGGAGGAGGUGCUGGUGUCCUCAGCAGACGGCAUCUCCGAGUCAAACCUUCCGUACGACGCAUUGGAGGAGAGCUUCAAGCCCGAGUCGGACAUCAAGCAGUGGAAUCGACAAGCUACCGAUGCAGAACUUCGUCUUCAGGGAUGCCUUCUUGCUCUUCGAGCCUCCUCGACCCAUGAUAAGUCGCUCUCCUUCUUGAAGCACGAUAUUCAACGUUGGGUUAUCAAGUUGCGGUCUGCCCUCAGUGAAGAAACAGAAUUCACUACUCGUUACGCAGCCGUUGUAUCUGUUCAAAGCUUCUCUAAGGCUCUGCGCCCUCAGGGUGAAUCAGCACGGACAGAUGCUGCUCUGCUCGAUGUCUAUCUCGUUCUUUAUGACAUGCUCAACGACGACGAUGAGGAACUCCGAGAUAUCGCCGCAUCCUCUGCAUCAUGGGUGCUCUCAUACUCCUCAGUCUCGCUCACCUCUGCCCUUACCAUUGGGCCUCUGAAUGCAAGCGAGCUACUUGCUACUUUCAUCACUGAUCAUUAUUCAGACUCUGUGUACUUUGCUCGUCGGGUCAUCCGGUACCUUACCGGGCAAGAGUCGCGCAUCAGUGGGUCUGACAAUCAAUCAAGCCUUGUCCCGGUUUCGGAUCUCAUGGCUCAGCACUGCCAAGAAAGUACCGUCCUGUUCGUUGAGGAGAAGCAAAAUCUGUUCAUUGACGAAGUUCACGAAAUUGAUGUCUGGUCUCGCGUGCUCUCCCAGUUGAAGCGAAAUGCCUAUCCCGAGACUUUAAUCCGGCAGAUCUCAAGCUGGGUGUCGGAAGGGCUGGACCACCUUCUCGUGCUUCUGAAUCAGGAUUCUGGCUCGGAUGGAUUGUUGGGCUGGACCUCCAAGCCAGAGUCUUUCACACUGGGAGUGCGCGUGAUCAGCAUUGCCGCAUCUCUUGCGUCACGGAGCUUCACUGUGCCCGAGUCUCUGGAUGUCGAGCAAGUCACUUUGCGGAGGCAAAUACAGGAUCUGUUGGAUGCUGGCAAGAAGGCAUCUCUCCACGAUGACUGGCUAUCGCGGAUGGUGGCUGCAUUGAACAAUUGCAAUUAG